UUUUUUCUGUUUUUUUAUUAUAGAAUUCUGAUUUUUACUGAUAUUAUUCUGAUUUUAUUAUUUCAAAUUCUGGUCCUUUCUAGUUUUAUUCUGAUUUUUUCAUUAUUGAAUUCUGAUUUUUUUCUGGUUUUUUUUAUUUUUCUAUCAUAAAAUUCUGAUUAUUUCUUAAAUUUUGUUUCAUUCUCAUAAUAAUUUUUCUGAUUUUACUAGAAUCCUUCUAAUUAAAUUCUGAUUUAUUUAACAUUAUUUCUGAUUCUUAAAUUUUGCUUUUAGCUUUAAAAAAUGCCAGAAACAACAACAAAAUCGAUUAAUAAUAAUUUUAAAAAUUCUACAAAUUUUCUCCCCUUUUUCCUACCCCAUCAAGGAGUGAUUUUUGAAGCUAAUCACAAAACAAAAAAUAAAAAUAAUAUUUUAAUGAUUGCCAAUGAUUCUUUAAAAAUUGGCCGGAAUGGCUACACUAGUUUGCGGCGAAAAUCCCACAAUUUAAUUAUUCCUCUAUCACCACUGCCCAUACAUCGUUCAAAAUCGCAGCAGAACGUGGCUGAGUUGUCUAAUGGAGCUCUUUCAUUUAUUGGAGAAGCAGCCAACCAAAUCAAAAGAGGAGCAAAAGGUGCUGGUAGUCUGGGUGCUGCUGAUUCAGCAGAUGAGCAACGGCCGAUAACCUCCCAAUUAGCGGUUCCAUCCGUUUCUUCAUUGAAAAGUAGUUCUUCUUCUGCUCAAGAGCUUUCACAGGCAAAAAAAUUUUUUAAUGUUAUAGAAUACAGAUACAGACAGCAUUGA